AUGGCAGACGGUAUUUGGAUCGGUAGGGAAAGCUUCCGUUCCAGCCUAUGUAUGUGGCGACUGACUUUGAUAGCGUUCUUAUCAACGCUGCCGCUAAGCGUUCUUUCGCAGGAGUUGGCAGCGGUUAAUACGACAUCCAGCACAGCUCCUUCCAUUACUUCACUUUCUGCAGCCGACUUAUCCACGUUUACUGCAGAUACAAUGAGUAGCGAAGGCUCAUCAACAACAAGUAUAGUCUCCGUCUCUUUUACUUCUUUUCCACAAUCUUCUUCACCCCUUACCAUUUCGGCAACACUUUCUUCACAGUUUGCUUCUUCGUCCGUGCAAGCUCCAUCAACUUCCACAUCGUCUGUUACUUCUUUCAGCUCCUCAUCUUCCGAGGUUGCAUCAUCGUCGUUCACCGUGGCGUCGAGUUCUGUGCCAAUCACCUCCUCGACAUUUUCGACCAGCUCAUUGUCGGCAUCUUCCUCGUCUUUGUCCGUUUAUCCAUCGACAUUUUCAGUUAGUUCGGAAAGCUUAAGCUCUUUGUUUUCCUCGUCAGUUUCAGUUUCAUCGAUUUCGACUUCCUCGAUCUCUGUUCACUCAACUUCAACUUCAACUUCAACCUCGUCCUCGUAUUUACCUUCACCUUCACCUUCAACUUCAACCUCGUCCUCAUCCUCGUAUUUACCUUCACCUUCAUCUUCAUCUUCAUCUUCAUCUUCAUCUUCAUCUUCAUCUUCAUCUUCGUCUUCAUCUUCGUCUUCAUCUUCGUCUUCAUCUCCGUCUUCAUCCUCAUCCUCAUACUCAACAUCCUCAUCCUCAUCCUUCUCAUCGGCGCAGUCGUCUUCGUCCUAUCCUUCAUCCUCAAUUUCAUCAUCUUCAGAUCCUACAUUAUCAAUCACCUCUACAUCCGCCUCAUCCUUCGUCACAUCCGCUUCUCAGAACUCCAAUCUGAAGAAAACAAUAACUAGUAUAAUAGAAGGCCAAACCAUUCUUUCUAACUACUAUACUACUAUAACGUAUUCACCAACCGCUUCGGCCUCCUUGGGCAAAAAUUCACAUCACUCAGGUUUAUCAAAGAAAAAUCGUAAUAUUAUCAUCGGUUGCGUCGUUGGUAUUGGCGCCCCCCUCAUCUUAAUUCUACUAAUAUUAAUCUACAUGUUUUGCGUUCAGCCCAAAAAGACAGAUUUCAUUGAUUCUGACGGUAAAAUUGUUACCGCUUACCGCAGUAAUAUUUUUACCAAAAUUUGGUAUUUCUUAUUAGGUAAAAAAAUCGAUGACACAGAAAAAUUCAGCUCUGAUUCCCCUAUAGGCAAUAACAAUAUCCAAACUUUUGGUGAUAUAGAUCCGGAAGAUAUACUGAACAAUGACAUCCCUUAUACGCAUAAGCAUGCCAAUGUUGAAGGCUACGACGACGACGAUGACGGUGAAAACCUAUCUUCGCACUUCCAUAACAGAGGCAUCGAUGAUGAGUACUCACCUACUAAAUCUGCAUCAUAUUCAAUGUCAAAUAGCAACGGUCAAGAUCAAGGUGACCGCGAUGAUGCUGAUGGGAUAAUGCCUGAUGAAGAUAUUCAUAGUGUUUAUGAUGACAGCGAAGCUAGCGUUGACGAAAAUUACUACACAAGGCCAAACAACGAAUUAAACAUUACAAACUAUUAA